AGGGAUGGCUGGUUGGGAGGUAGAUGAUUAAGCUGCAGACAUGGAAGGGAAAGGACCCUACCGCAUCUACGACCCUGGUGGGGGGACACAGGAAGAGGCAGCCGCAGCCUUUGAGCGGCUGGUGGAGGAGAACACCCGGCUGAAGGAGAAGAUGCAGGGGAUAAAGUCUCUAGGAGAACUGCUGGAAGAGUCCCAGAUGGAAGCAUCGAAACUGCGACAGAAGGUGGAGGACCUCGUGAAGGACAAUGAGAUGCUGAAGUCGUCUUCCUCUUUCGACAAACUGCCUGAAAUAACAGGAGGUGAUCCAGAGCCACACCUGUCCCCCGCGGGUCCAGGCAAAGCUGAGAAGAAGCCGGAUACAGACGCUCAGAAGCCUCCAUCCACUGGAUCCUCGUCAGAGUUCGAAAUUGUAUCUGGUGAGGACAAGAGGUUUUCCCAGGAGAGCAGGAAGUCGGACGCAGAGCUGCAGAAUGAGGACACUAACCUGAUGCUGCACCUGCAGCGGCUGGAGAGCACCCUGAGCAUCUUUGCCGAGGAGCCGGACAAGAACCAGGUCUUGGCUCACCUGGGGCGCAUGGCCCUGGAGUUUAACCGCCUGGCCUCCAAAGUGCACAAGAACGAGCAGAGGACGUCCGUUCUGCAGACGCUGUGUGAGCAGCUGCGUAAUGAGAACGAGGACCUGCGGGCAAAGUUGGAGAAGGAUUUGGAGCAGAGGAACCAGGCUACGGAGAAGCUUAGGUGUGAGAACCUGGAGCUGAAGAAGAUGGUGAUGAUGAGCAACAAGGUGGGCGUGAAAGGGGACGGUGUGGAGAACGCUGGCCAGCAGCAGAGUGGAGCGCUGGCAGAGAAAGCAUCGGGCAAGGGCGUGCCAGGGGCCAGUGAGAAGAAGGUGAAGAUCCUCGAGCAUCAGCGCAAUGAGCUGCUGGAGGUGAACAAGCAGUGGGAUCAGCACUUCAGGUCCAUGAAGCAGCAGUACGAGCAGAAGAUCACGGAUCUGCGCCAGAAGCUGGUGGACUCCCAGAAGGCGCUGAAUGAGCUGGAGGCAGGGCGGGAGCCGAAGCAGAGGGACUUUGAUCGCAAGCUUCUCCUGGCGAAAUCCAAGAUUGAAGUGGAGGAGGCAGAAAAGGAGAGGCUGGCUGGGGAGGUGAGGGAUCUGAAGCAGAGAAUCAAGUUCCUGCAGGAGCAGCUGACACCGGUCACCAAGCAAAGGGAGUACCAGGAGAAGGAGAUCCAGAGGCUAAACAAGGCCCUGGAGGAGGCCCUGAAUGUCCAGGCCCCUGCUUCUGCCCCUUCCGCACUCAGUAACGCCACGGAGCCGGGCGGGAGCAUGAGACCACACGAGCUGCUGACCCAGAACGAGCUCCUGAAGCAGCAGGUGAAGAUCUUCGAAGAGGACUUCCAGCGGGAGCGGCGCGACAGAGAGAGAAUGAACGAGGAGAAAGAAGAGUUGAAGCAGCAGCUGGAGAAACUUAAGAAGCAGUUAACAGUCUCCAACAACCAGCUGCGGCUCUUCAAGGACGACUGUCAGAGAGAGAAGGAGGAGAAGGAGAAACUGAAGAAGCUGCUGAAGCAGCACAAGCAGGUUUCUGGAGAGAGGCUGCACCCAGAGCCGGUCCCGGGGCCUCUCGGCCCUGCCUGCCCCAUGUACCAGUUCCAGUAUAGCCCUCCAGUGCCCCACCACGUCUACCGUGGCUACGAGGACUGGCAGCAAAUCCGGUACCCACCUUCAGCAAUGCCGGGCGACCAUCCACCAGUGCAAAACUUCCACCACUUCCCUCCUCCAGAAUACACCUGGCGCCCACCUUGUGCUGUGUCCAGGGCCCAGAACUCCCAAGCAGUGGAGGGAGUGAAACCGCUGCCCAAGGAAUCCGAACCUGCAGGGCUUGGGUUACCAAAAAAACAAAGGCCGGUUUAGCUGUGGGCCAAUGUCAGAAGAAGAGGGGGCGGGGAGUGUGCGCGCCUGAGUGUCUCUAGACCCUGCCUCCUGCUAGUUAUCCCUGUUCACACACUGUGUAUGUAACAGCAGAUCCUUGACGGGCUGGGAUGUCUCCCUCCGGAGCUGCUGAAGAGAGAACGCCCCGUGCCCUGCGGAGUUGCUGAGGAGCAAGUCGCGUGGGUUCUUCCUUGGAAUCCCGGCCUACAGGGGUUGUGCAAAUGGCCACGUGUGGUGAUCUUGUUCCUAGCCAUGUCGCUUGGGUUUUAAUUUGAUUCCCAGCCUUGCAUUCUGCAGCAGCACCUGCUGGGAGCCUCCCAUUUCCUAUGUUUCAACAGAGCCUUCGGUGGAGGAUUUUGCUGCAGCCUGGUUUUGUAUUUUAACGUGUAUUUGCUGGCUGACCCCAGAGACUUUCCCCGUCAAAUAGUGUAGGUGGGAGAGCCGCCCCAUACAAUCCCAUGACGAGCAGAGAGGCCAGCUGAACAGAUGUCUGAUACCCUGGAUAGAUGGGUGGGGGAAGAGGGUUUAAUUGUUUGUUGUUCUUUUCAUAGUUAAAAAGAAGCCAAGCUGAAGCUAAACUGAAUCCAUUGGUUCAUGUCCUUUACCUGUGAACACUCUCUAGGACUAAAGUGAGCGCUCUGGCUUGAAUGGCUUUUAAAGUGUCCCGAGUCCAGGGGCCAAAUGUAAAUGUGUCUCGACGCUCCAUUGAAACUCGGGCGUGUAGCGCUUGCCCCAUGUAGAUACUGCCCAGCCCUCUGUACAUACAUAUACAUACACACUCGCUGUCUAUAGAAGAUGUGGCAACCCUCAUUCUCUUAUUAGAUUGACCUCACAGUCCAGUCUCUGAGUGAUCAGGGAGCCACAGGCCUAUGGUGUGCAAUAACUCUGCCUUUAUUGCUCCCAGGGAGCAGGCUGUGAACUCUACCCCUCUUCUCCCACAUCCCCAAAGCAGAGCUAACGAGCCGCCUUUCAGUAACGAGUUAAGAUUUUAGGGCCUGAUUCAGCAAAUUACUUUAAGCACAUGUCUAACAUCAG